CCCUCGGGCCUCAGACCCUGCCCACAAGGAAGAUGCCAAAGACUUUUCCUUUUGAUACGUACUCGCGGAUUAUCACCUACAAGUGCCGGAAUUUGUCCACAAAGAAGGUCAAAGAGCAGCUGCGUUCGCGGGUUUCCGAGUCCACUAUUUAUCGCUGUUUCAAGCGUUAUCAACUCCUUGGUGUUAUCAAGCCAAACUGCAACAAAGGAUUGAAGUAUAGGACACGUAAAUUUAACACUUCUGCUCUCGAGUCACUUCAAGCCCUCUUUGCCGAAGUUGAGACUCUCUACCUGGACGAGGCUGCUGCUAUCCUGACCAACGUUCUGGGGGUCUGUGUGAAUCCUUGUGGCGUCAGUCGAGCGUGUAAGGAGCUCGGCCUCUCUCGCAAGAAGCUUACUACACGAUUUCGGGAGGCUAACAUAUCUCACCAGAAUCAGUUUAUCCGCUACGUUCGGGGGUCCCACUUUCGGCUCGACCAGUUCAUUUGGCUAGACGAAAGCGCUGUGAAUCACCGAAACUUCCUGCGGCCGUGGGGUCGUGCACAGCGGGGUGUGCGCACGAAGUCGACCACCCCACGGUCCAAGGGACCGCGCCAUUCCGUGCUUCCAAUCGUAACGGCCAGCGGCGUGCGUGACUGGUACAUCGUGCCUGGGUCCAUCAACAUUGAGCGCAUGAAGGACUUCAUCCAGCGCUGCCUGGUGCGUCGUGAGUACUAGCGUCCUCACACCCUAGCCUGACCCGGCCUUAAUUCGCAGAUCCCCAACCUGCGUCCGUUUCCUGGGCCCAGGUCUGUUGUCAUUAUGGACAACUGCAAGGUCCACAAGAACUCCGAGGUUAUUGCUAUGAUUGAGUCUGUUGGUGCUGUGGUGCUGUUUCUUCCAGCGUACUCCCCUAGCCUCAACCCAGUGAGUACCCUUGAGGCUGAUAGCUGCAGACUCCAUGGACAGAUGUGGCACGGACAUUGGACAUUGCAGG